AUAAAAUAUUUCGAAUCCAAAGGCAAAAUGACAGUUCGUUCCGCACCGCGCGCUCGUGGGGGUUUUGUGAACGCAUAGUCUGCAUGUGAUGCACUUGAUGUUUUAAGUUAUGGUUAUCAUCAUUGCACCGCAGCUCAUACACAUAUAGGUCUAUAUCUGCAGAUUCACUCUGUAUCGUAUCGUGUGAAAAACAAUAGCUUCAAUUACUCUUGAAAUUUGGACUCGGGCCUUGGGGAUAAGUAUAUCAGAAUUAAAAAUUUAGAUUUGAUUUUGGAAACAUAUAGAACGGCCGUGAACAAUCAAAGCAGCAAAGAUGAGAUGUUAUGAUUAUUUCUUCGGUUUUGUUAUUUUGUCUCAUGUCCAGUGCGACAUCAGCUUGAGGGCACUAUCGAAGUUGUAUUUCCCUUCGUCGUAUGGCGAUGGGACUCCCAUUUUUGAAGCAGAUGGUCCCAUGGGAGCCGAGCAAUUGGCAUAUGACAAUACUACCAAGAUCAUCUACACAGUAGGUGGCGCUGGUUUUCUCCACUUCGUUGACAUAUCCAACCCGAAUGAGGCUAAACUUAUCGGACAUACUGAUGUUGGCAUGGAAACAAUCGACUUGUCAUUUUGUGGGGGUUAUAUCGCUGUGGUUGCACGAGCUAAAUUCGCAAAUAUGAGAAGUAAGGUAUUGAUUUACGAACGAUACAACGCAGAGAAGGACAAUGUAACAAAGGUGAAUGAAAUUGAAGUUGGGUUCCAGUCAUCGAGCUACAUUCAGUUCUUAAGUAAUUGUCAGACGAUAUUGGUGUCCAAUGAGGGUGAAGCCGGCAAGUCGUCUAAUGGUACAUUCUUUGACCCCGAAGGAUCUGUGUCAAUUAUACGCUUUUCCACGAAAGAUCUGUCUGGGAAUUUCACCAACACAGAGAUCGGCUUUACACAAUACAAUUCCAGGUGGAAUGAAUUUGUUGCAAAGGGGGUUAGAUAUGUGUUCCGGAACAGCACUUUUUCCCAAGAUCUCGAGCCAGAAUUCAUGGCCAUUAACUCGGACGAGACUAUUGCAUAUGUCAGCCUGCAGGAAAACAACGCCAUAGCUGUACUCAAUAUAUCGGCUAAUGCCAUAGAAGGUAUCCAUGGUCUUGGCAGAAAGGACUGGUCCAAAUCAAGGUUUGAUGCUAGUGAUAAAGAUGGAGGGAUAAACAUGCAGCCAUGGGCGGUUUAUGGACUAUACCAACCGGACAAUAUAAGACUUAUGCAGUUUAAAGGAGAAGACUAUAUUGUAACAGCAAAUGAAGGUGACAAGAAGUCAUACAAAAUGGACGAUGAUGGGAUAGAUUGGAGUGAAAGCACUCGCGCAAAAAAGAUUGCUAAGGAUCUUGAUGGCAGUAGAGGCGAAGCAUUCCGUGAAGCAAUGACAGAUGACAAGAAACUAGGGCGCCUGACUGUAAGCAGUAUAGACGGCAAAAAUGGAACUAAUAAAUACAAGGACAUUUAUACUUACGGAGGCAGAAGCUUUUCAAUUUUCAAAAUGGUGGACUUGUCUCUAAUUUAUGACAGUGACGACAAUAUUGAACAGCAGCAUGCUAAUUCCUCUCUGUAUGGAAGAUUAUUUAAUUGUGAUAAUUAUGAAGCUUCCAAAACUCCCGUUGAAACAUUUGACAAACGAUCUGACAAUGCGGGUCCCGACACAGAAUCAGCAGAGGUAGCUACCGUUGGGGACACGGUCUAUAUAUUCAUAGGAAAUGAGAGAACCUCCAGCAUCAUGAUAUACUCUGUCUCGGGUGAUAGCAUAGAGCCAAAGUUUGAGGGGAUUCAUCGUGCGGGAGGCCAGGAAACAAAAUACGAUAUGCUCUAUUCACAGAGGAAUACCGGGGACCUGGACCCAGAAGGAUUGAAGUUUGUACAGGCGAGUGAAAGUCCAAAUGGGAAGCCUCUUCUACUUGUUGUAGGGAGUCAGUCCUCGACGCUCUCUGUCUACGAGGUUGAGUUUUUCUCCUCUGUCCCAACGUCGCCACCCACAUGUCCACCACUAGGAGACCGAUCAACGCCUACUUCAAGGAGCUCAUGUUUGAAUCAGCUAAAUUUGAUCCUGAUGGUUUCUAUGGUUGCCACUCUGACAUUUUCAUUUGUCGGCAAAUAAUAAGAAAUUAUUUGUUUUCAACGAAACAAUAAUUAUGUCGAAGGAUCAGAAUAACAAUUUCAUAGCUUCGGAGUUCAGAUGAAUAACUUCAUUUAAAAGUAUUGUUUUUU